AGGGAGAAAACGGGACAAUUUGUAAUGCGGAACUGAGUACUGAAAUACGAUGGCAACCCCGUAUAGACGUGACGUACGGCAACCUUGUUAUUUGAAAUGCAAGUGCGUGUAGAAUAUACCGUAAUAUUUUUUUAAGUUUAUGCCAAUCUGAUUGCAGAUUCAACUAAAAAUUCACGUAUGGGCAACUUUACUUUUACUGAUUAAUUCCUUAUUGGCUACAUUAUAGCCAAUCAGGGUAGCCAUCUUAACGCUCACCUAAACCCACAGCAGCAUACAGCACUGCGUAUGCCAGUUUGACCUCAAUAACGGAUCAUAUUCAUAUUCACUGUCUAUGAAUGCUUGCUGGAAAAUCACGGCUUCUGAGAUGGAUUACGAUUUUGAACCGCUCGUUGCACAAGAUGGUAGAGAAAGAAUUAAAAUACCGAAAAAAAAGUUAUUGGAGAGGUUAUUUCAGUAUCCGGGUCUACGUAGAAUAUUUCCAAACUCUGAGCAUCAGAGUAUUAUAUUAUCCAAUGUAACAAAAGAAACUUUAAUCUGUCUGGUAAGGUUCCUCAUUCAUGGAUCAGCCAGACUGGAUAACUGGAAAGAUGCUCUGGACACUUAUGCAUUUGCCACAAGAUUUGGUGUGAAUGAAUUAAAAUAUUUCUGCGAAGAAUUUUUCGCAGAAAAUAUUCUUACGCCAGAAAACAUUAACGAAAUUCAUCAAUUAGCUAAGCGCAUGAACAUAAACGUAGUUAUUCAAGCCACCCAAAAAUUUUUGGAUGAACUUGCUAGUAAUCAUGACUGUUCUCAGUUUUCAUGUCCAUAUUGCUUCGUCAUAAAUUCGGAGUAUGUCGAACCUUUUCAGUUGAAAGUGCCUUUAGACAAUAUAAAAUACAGUUCAUUAAUUGAUAAUUUUGAAGUGGAUGUAAUUAAUGAAAUUAUUUUGGAAUCGUUCGCAAAAAAAGGGAUUUAUCAUAUCAUAGGCAUUCAAAUAAAACUGAAGCCUGGUGAUAGAGAUGAUGUAUCUCCAUUGGACAUCUAUGUCGAAGCAUCGAAUUUUAAAGAAAACAUUCUAUUCCAGGAGAAAAGAUGUAAGCUACCAAGUCCUACUUUGGUUAUUAUGUUCCGACAUAAAUUAUUGCUGAGACCUGAACAGAUGGCAUCAAUCCAUGUAAUAAUUUCGGAUGUAAAGCCAAAUUAUUGUUCAGCAUUAAAGAAGACUCAAAUUUCGAAAGAUAAAAAACUGAAAGUGACAUUUAAAUCGAAUCGAACCGCAUUCAAGAAUAAUGAAGCAAGAUUUUUUAUUGAAAAAAUAUUUUAUCUUGCUAGAUAGCUGAGGACUUUUGAUGAAUAUAAUCGAGGUUAAAUUCGUAAAGAAUUUAUAAAGAUGAACUAAACUGAUAAUAUUUGUCAUGUAUGAGUGAAAAAUUUUAUUGAUUCUUAAUUUCCUUUGCUAAAAAACUUCAAAAAUAUAAUAAGGCUUUAAUUUGUAUUAUAACGUUACAUUAAUGAAUAUUGUUUUAAUUGUUUUAAGACUGAUUUGUAAAUGAAAUUAAAUUUGACUGUUUCUAAUGUAGUAAUCUUUUUUUUUAUAUGGCAGCAAUGUUAGAAGAACUGAUUUUGUAGUUUUAUCCUCAUCUAAAAGUAAUUUUUUAUACAUGUAUUUUUCAAAGAAGG